AUGUUUCUGAGCUUCCACAUAGUUGCUUGGAAAUGUGCGGAAUACCUCCAUCCCGAACAUUUACGUUUCUUGCAGUCGUUGCGGAUAGAUCUUGGGCGUCCGUCCCAUCUCUCAAUCUGCUCGUCCGAUUUGCAUUCUGCUUCGACCAAACUUCUUAGAAUGGUCUCUUAUGUCGUCCAAACUCUUCUCUUCUUGAUUUGGAGAACUUUGAUAUUUCGUCGUCCUGUUGACUCUUCCCAUGUUCGUACAAUGAUCGUCCCACCUGGACAAUCUUGUUGUAUCUUCACUUCUGCUCGAUCGUUCUUGAUCCUGUCUUGA